UUCCUGAAAAAGUAACCUAUAAAACUCCAUCAACAAACUUCUCUUGUUUGGCCUUUUGCCAAUUUCAGAGAAGGAGAAGACAAAUACAACUUUUGUAUGUGGGAAAGCUUUUAACCUCAAAUUCAUUGAAAGAUGUUCCAAUUUUUUUUUGUCCAAAAGGUUCAUCAAUGUUUGGUGAUCAAAAAUUCAAAGACACAAAUUCUGUAGAACAACUUGAGGUUCAUACAAAAAAGUUCACUCCUUUUGUCUGAUUCUUGUUUUCUUUAGAUUUUAAAAUCAAGAUUCACCUUACCCAUUAUUAAACUUGGUGGACUAUAUGUAUGGGGGUGGGUGUGGAGUGGAUGAAGUGAACAAAAUGGCAGCAGUUGCAGUUGGAAAUGGGGGUGAGAUAUGGAAAGCCCAUGGUGCAAUGGUUUUGGUACAGCUUUUCAAUGGUGGUUACCAUGUGAUUACUAAGGUGGCUCUCAAUGUGGGCAUGAAUGAAAUUGUCUUCUGUUUGUAUAGAGAUCUUAUUGCUAUAGCUAUUCUUGCCCCAAUUGCCUAUUUCCGUGAAAAGAGGUCAAGGCUUCCUCUGAGUAAACGACUACUACUGUCAUUCUUCAUUUUAGGAUUAACUGGUAUUUUCGGUAACCAACUGUUGUUCCUUGUUGGACUUGGCUACACAAAUCCGACUUACGCUGCUGCGUUGCAACCUGCAAUACCAGUCUUUACGUUCAUACUUGCUGUACUUAUGGGUACAGAAACUGCGAAGCUUCUUACUAUGGAAGGCCAGGCAAAAGUUGGAGGUACCAUUGUUUGUGUUUCUGGGGCGAUUUUGAUGGCUGUAUUCCGUGGUACAGCGGUGUUUGGAGACGGCACAUCAGACUUCACAGCACAAAUUGAGACAAGUGCUAAGGGUCAAUCAGAGCCUGCUGGAUGGCUAAUGUCUAGUUUUCUGGAGUUGGGAUUUGAUAAUUGGCACCUGGGCGUCUUAUGCUUAAUAGGAAACUGUAUGUGCAUGGCAGCAUACAUAGCUUUUCAGGCUCCAGUUUUGAGAGAAUACCCGGCAAGCUUAUCAUUGACAGCAUAUUCUUACCUUUUUGGCGUUAUACCAAUGAUAGGGACGUCAUUCCUUAUGACCAAUGGAUCAACAGAUUGGUAUUUGACACAAUCUGAAGUUGGUGCUGUGUGCUAUGCUGGAAUUAUUACAUCAGCGCUGAACUAUGGACUUACUACUUGGUGCAAUAAGGUUCUUGGCCCUGCUUUAGUUUCUUUAUACAAUCCGCUUCAACCUGCUGCAACAGCAAUUUUGUCUAGUAUUUUUCUUGGGAGUGCUAUUUAUCUGGGAAGCAUUUUGGGAGGACUUCUCAUCAUAGCAGGGCUUUAUUUAGUAACUUGGGCAUCUUACAGAGAGAAACAGGCAGCCAUGGGAACUAUAAUUCAUGAUCCUCGGAUAACGGAUCCCUUAAUCCCAUAUCAGAUAGGACAUAAUUCCUCUGUUCCUUCUUCCUCAAUGCCAAAGAUCAGUGAUUAGAUAUUGCUACAGAUAUCAUUUGCAUGUCCUUUUCUUCAUCUUUUUCAUGAGAAUAUGUAUAGUUCACUGCUAAAAAAAUGGUAAAUAUGUGUUGCAGUUCUAUCAAUUUUGUUUUUCCCUUUCCCAAAUGUUAACUCUUCCUGCAGAAACUUUCUUCUCA